GAUGGAGGGGGAUGCUGGUGAUGAUGAUGAUGAUGAUGAUGAUGUAAUAAUCGCACGCUGUGCUGGUUCUAAUAGUAUGGCAAGCCGUUUUAAUAUGAAAUACCCCUUGCUGUACUAGUCAUAAUUUAGUUUAGACUACUAGAAUCCUCACGCUCGCGACCCUGCCAGAGUGAUGUCAUAAUCAAUACCGUGAACCGUGCUUAAGAGUUUUCCCCCUGCGUCCGUGCUGCUCAGCGCGGCCUCCAUGAGGACAAACCCCGGGAUUGCGGCGCUGAUGGCUGUUGCGGUCGGGACUGCAGCAAGCUCCUUUCAGCAUCACAGCUGCGACCCCUGCGCUCAGACAAGCGGCAAAACCCGUUCAACCGAAAUACGCGCGAGAGCGUUCUCUAUGGAAUAUCUGUCGUCUUAACGCGAUUUCAAACUCCGGAUGUGACUGACAGCCAGUCGUUGUGCAUCGCCGAUCAUCUGCGCCCUUUUAGGAAUUUUUGGUUAGUGUCUACACUUGAAAAUCUGUGAGAUCCGUCUUACUCGGUGCCUGUGCUCUCUCCCCAUCGCGCUUACCGGAGUGCCUGUUUUCCUCCCGCUAGAUUCACCAUUGAUGGAAACUGAUGCCCUGUUGCCUUUCCUCGACCGUGUCUACCUCUGCAGCCGCUGUUUAUCCUUUAGUAACGCGACUAGGCCCGCGAGCCCCCCUAAACAUCUCACAUAAUGACACUUUGAUGGAUAAAAUGAUAAGAGCGGAUCAUUUAUAUUGUGUUUUGGUCUUUUGGAUGUCGGCGUAGUGACUUUGCUGUGUGUUUUAAUCUUCUCUGGAUCCGACACCCGGGUGCGCGAAGAGGGCAGCUGUCUCAAGAGCAAUAAACGCCCGUUAUUUUAAGGGAUCGCGCGUGCUUCUCUCUCAGGAUGGCAAAUGAACCCGUUAUACUUAAUGUGUAUGACAUGUACUGGAUAAAUGAAUACACCUCCACUCUGGGUAUUGGAGUCUUCCACUCAGGAAUAGAGAUUUAUGGCAGAGAGUUUGCAUAUGGUGGCCACCCGUAUCCCUUCAGUGGCAUUUUUGAGAUCAACCCUGGAAAUGCCUCAGAACUGGGGGAGACUUUCAAAUUCAAAGAGGCUAUAGCUCUGGGUACGACAGACUUUGCAGAGGAGGACAUUGAUAAAAUAAUGGAGGAGCUGGGAAAGGAGUUCAAGGGGAACGCCUACCACCUAAUGCACAAAAACUGCAACCAUUUUUCUUCUUCGCUGUCUGAGUUGCUGUGUGGUAGAGAGAUCCCACGCUGGGUCAAUCGAUUGGCAUAUUUCAGCUCCUGUGUUCCAUUUCUGCAGAGCUGUCUGCCUACAGAGUGGCUCACACCCGCCGCGCUCCAGAGCCAUAUCAGCAUGGGCCUUCGGAAGGAGAACACACAUGAUUCCAGUGACAAUGAGCCCUCGUCUGCUACGGAGGCGGCCGCUGGAACAUCACACAGCUGCAGGCACACCCGCGUGUGAUCUUACAUAUACAGUAUUUACACACAGUAUUACACUAAUUUGAACACACAUACUGUAUGUACAUUCAAACCUCUGAUCCUGCUGCUACAGCGCCUCCUACUGGACUGGAUGAACACCAACCCUCAUGGCCUCUCUGAAUGAGGAAAUCAAAGACAUGUUUUUCAGUAGAGCUUACAGGGAUUUAAAAACCUUGCAAUGGUACUCUUUAAGUUUUAGAAUUGUUUGAUUUUUACUAAGAUUUUAGGGAAAUGAAAACAGCGUUUGUCAUUUAGUGAUCUCUCUUUCUUAUAAGUACAUAGGACAAAAUGAAUGAUGGGGGAUCAUAAUGGACUGCCCACUGCUGGUGUGAGACAACACUACACUUACAGGCCCCUUCCUCAUAAAUCCUGAACUUCUUUCCUUUAAUCCCAUCUGGAUGUUUUCCAGAUUUAGCCGAGUUUGCUGUGUAUUAAAUUCUUUUCUAUUUUGAGAUGGAAUAAGCAUGUCAUCAGAAGAAGAACUUACAUUCUUAACCUUUUUUUUUCCCUCAGUGACUUUAGUAAUAUUAAUCUGCUUUAAUUCAAUUAUAUGAUGUCAAACUAAUGUCAUCUUUGGUUUACAUUAAUUAAAUUUUAGCUCUCUUUUUAUACUUUAUAUUUUAGUGCAAGGUUUGCAAUAUAUUUACAUUAAAAAGGGUGAUACUAUGUGUCACACACACUGACAGCAGUUGGAAAUUGCAGCCUAAUAACUGUAAGCCAUUGAUAUGCUGGACUCAUCCGAAACAAAAGACCUUUGUUGUUCAGUCAUUGAGGACACAAAGGGGCCAUUUGUGAGGGUGAUGUUGAGGGGGUGGGUGGGAACGUGUAGGUGGGGUCUGCAUUUAAGGUCUGGUAUCAGUACUGUACUACAGUGUUGCGAUUGAAUGCAAUGUCUGAGUGAUUAAGGGAAAGGGAGUGUUGCAAAGGUGUUAAUGGUCAUUUCUCUUGACUUUAGUAAUUGUGGUUUCUGGCUUUUAAAACUGCAGACUGAAAAGAGUAACGUUGUUUAAAUGUGUCAUCCACACCUCACUAGAUUACUUUUGCACACAUUCUUCUCCUGGUUUUCAGUCUGGGGUAGUUGCUAAAAGUCAGAUUUCACAAAAAAUAGUGUAUGAUGGACAAAAACCUGAUUAUUAUUUUUUUUUUGCUUUUUGAUUGCAUCCAGUCAUAGGAUCAAAUAUGUUUGAUUUGCAUUCGGCAUGACUUGUGGCAAUGACUUGUAUACUCACUUUAGGGUGCCCAGUUUUUCUCUGUAACCAUUUAGAAAGUUGGCAAGCGUAUAAUGCCUGGUGUUUUAAAAUCUUUUCAGAUUUUAAAAUAGUGAAAUGUAUUCCAGCUACACCUAAAGUUUGUAAGGUAUUUUUAGUCUUCGGGCAAUAGUCCUUAGUAAAGGUAGACACCAUAUCAAAUUUUUCACAAAUGAAAAUAAAACUGGGAGAGAUGUACAGAUUAGCAGAUUGGCAAUUUUCAUGUUUUACACACACAUUUUAUUAGAAACGCAUAUUUUUAGUAUUUUGUCGUUUGGAUCAACAGAAAGGUAAAAAUAAUUCAGUGUGUUCAUUUGUAAAAAUAUUAAAUAUGGUGUAUUCCCAGACUAUGGUCCAUGAUAGAGUAAAUAAUACAUCUCUAAGUAUACCAUUUUGCCUGUCUGAAUCCUCUGAAGCUCAUCUUUUCUCUGUCACUCAGGACGGGAUGGUAUUCUAGAUGGCAAAACGGGGGUUUCAGGAGUCAAAUCUAUAGGAAAUAUGUAUUUGGUGACAUAUUUAUACAAUUUUAUAUUUGGGAUAUGAUUACUGUUAUUUUGUCAAAUAUAUUAUCAACCUGUAGAGCCUAAUUCUUAUGAUGCUGUUUUUGUUUUAUUUAGUCUGAGACCACAUCGUUUACUAGUUCAGCAAAGACCCGUUUUGUAGGCAUCACCCACUGAUGCCAUUUCUAGCCUUGAUUAGUACGUCUUGUUUCGGUGUGAUGGACAAUUUCAGAUAUUUACAGAUGAAUAGAGAAUAAAGAAUUUAAAGUUUA